AGGACAUUUGAUUUGAAUAUUCCAAUCACUAAGCACAGGCAUGAAAGCUCAAAUGACAUUGAAUUUGUUAAAGAGCAGCACUUGAUCAAAACGCUUACAGAUUUGAAGAUCGGCGACACUGCGGAAUCUGAUGAAGAUGAUGAAAAAGAGGACAAUGACAACGAUGAUGAUAUUCACGACGAGAUUUCUAAUCGUUGCUGGUCUUUUCUCUCCCAGAAACCUACAGCAUCCAGUGAUACGCAAACUAAGCCAGAAACUCAAAAUGCUGCAGGCAAAACCGUGCAGAAAAUGGACACAAAUACGAUCGGCGACACUGCGGAAUCUGAUGAAGAUGAUGAAAAAGAGGACAGUGGCAACGAUGACGAUAUUCACGACGAAAUUUCUAAUCGUUGCUGGUCUUUUCUCUCCCAGAAACCUACGGCAUCCAGUGAUACGCAAACUAAGCCAGAAACUCAGAAUGCUGUGGGAGAAACCGUGGAGAAAAUGGACACAAAUACGAACAUAUCGCAGAGUAAGCCCCUUAGCGAUGAUGAAAAAUUGGCUCGCAUACGCAGCAAGUACAGCAGGACGAAGAUUUGCCGACCACCAGUAAUGAUUGAAGCAAAACCACUGAUACCGGACCGCGGCAACAAAUUACCAGAUAAAUUCUAUGAGAAUGUGCAGAAAUUGUUUUCGGAAUGGUGUGGUUCAGAAACGAUUCGCUUUUUACGUUGUGGUGGUAAAACAGACUCAUCGCCCCGUGUAACUCGAAUAACCACAGAAACGGAACGAAUGGUAGCUCAGUUUUACGCUGGCGAUCGACCUAUCGGAGAAUCUAGGGAGGAGGUGUUUUUGCCACUAGUGGACAGCGUUGAUCAAGCAAAGCAACGUAUUUCGGUGCUGGAUGAGAUGCUGAAGCCGAGGUAA